CCGCACUCAAGUAGAGCACAUCUUUGACGACUACCCAUUGGGUCUUAAUGAGCAUCCCAGGCAAACACCAUACGCAAUAUUUGAACAAUUCCGAGUCAGCCCAGACAAUUACACUGGGAAAUAGAUUCCUAUCGCCAAAUACAAACCUCCAUCAGCAGUGCGUCUGUCUGAGAAGACGGCGACACCCGCCAACCUCAUUCCCACUAGCAGGAAUAGAGGCGAAAUGCCUUCACGAAAGAGCGAUAUCUCCGUCUCGGGGAUACUGCUGACAGACGAAGACACCCCCAUGACGCAAGAUACGCUUGCACAAGAGGCGCCAGCCCCGACAUCAUCGGAACCGCCCACAGGCGCGUCAGCGCUCCCUCCCGCCACGCUACGACAAACAUCCCUCGAGAAGAGGGACAAGGAGAAAGACAGAGACAGGGACAGGGAAAGCAAAGACAAAGACUCGCUGACUAUUGAGGACCUGAAUCUACCCAAGUCUAUCAUCACCCGUCUAGCCAAGGGGGUACUGCCCCCUAACACGCAAAUCCAGGCCAAUGCCAUACUAGCUCUCAGCAAGAGCGCCACGGUGUUUAUUAGCCACCUGGCCUCGGCGUCGAACGAGUUCACGCUGGCCUCGAACAAGAAGACUAUCAUGCCGGCCGACGUAUUUAGCGCCCUCGACGAGGUGGAAUGCGGGUUUAUGCGCGAGAGGCUUGAGGCCGAGUUUGCUAAAUUCAACGAAAUCCAGACCUCCAAACGCUCCAGCUACCGCAAGAAAGUCGCCGCGGCCAAGAAAUCCGUGACCGGCGACGGCGCGGCCGACUCGUCGGUGCUCGGCGGUGGUAGCGCCUCGGCCACGGACGCGGCGGGCCCUGGCCCGAGCCCGAAGGCCAAACCAGCCGCGACGGCGACGGCGGCAAGGGGUGUCCCGGGGGAUGAGCCGGGUGCGGCACCGUCGACGGCGCCCCCGGCGGCCAAGAAGGCGAGGGUCGACCCCUCGCGGGCCGCCAUCGAGGGGGUGCCGUCUGAUGCGGAGUCUGUGGCGGACGAGGAGGAGGACGAGGAGGAGGAUGAGGAGGAGGAAGAUGAGGAGGAGGAUGAAGAGGAUGAGGAUGAUGAUGAUGAUGAUGAUGAUGAUGACGAUGCAGGAGGGCGGAGUGGGGAGGAUAGGGACGAGUUGGAGGAGAGAGUGGCGAAGGAAAGUGGGGAUGAGGCCCUUGACGAUGGGGAUAGCGAGUAGAGGGCGACGUCUGCGCGGCUGUUUCCCCCUCCCCCGGCUCCCAUUACUGUCGGUUCUCGGUGCCUGAAAUCGAGACGAAAAUCGAGACGAGAGCGGGGGUUGGGUGAGCAAAGAGAUGGGCAUGCUUUCGGGACAGCCAUCUAGCUUUGUCGCUGAUUAGAAGCUAGCAGCUGGAACCAAAACCCGGUCGACCGGUGGAGCGAGCCUGCCUACCUAGUCUCGCGAGUUAUAUCUGGUGGCUACUACUCCCUUCCGUUUAAAAGUCCCGAGAACG